CUACGGGUCAACGGAUGGCUUCCAGCAAGCCCCGGGUUCUCCUCUCCCCCACCCGCUGUGUUGAACUCAAUUAGCCGUGACACACUUUCCCCCUCUCUUCCCUCCCCGGUUGAUUACCUACCUUCCGACCCAGUGUGGCUACGUGGACUCAGCAGCAGAUUAAGUCGUCGCCCAGCUACCCACAGCACUUCCAUGACAGCACAUCAUUAGCCGUAUCGUGUCUCUGUACGUCUGUACACGACAAGCAGUCAGAUAUGACCGUAGGUGGUGUUCAUAAGCCGGCGUGUCCCUCCGUGCUGGUCCCUCAGAGGGAGAUCGUCUACAAUGGGCUGCUGCCUUACUCGGACCGGCUGGACAGAGAGGCCUUGGAACUUUUGGCGGACAUCAAGUGGAACCUGUCCAGAGCUGUGCUCCUAAGGGAGCUUUGGCCCGGGGUCGCCUUCUGGUCCAGGAAGCUCUUCUCGUAUCUGAAGCUCUACGGCAGGAGGUUCAGCAAGGAAGACCACGUUCUGUUCAUCAAGCUGCUGUAUGAGUUGGUCACGCUGCCGGACCUGGAGCCCCACAUGAUGCAGAGCUAUGCCCGGCUGCUCAUUCAGCUCCUUAAGAAAAAGGAACUGCUUUCCAGAGAUGACCUCCAGUUGCCGUGGCGACCGCUCUACCAACUGUAUGAGCGGGUGGUCUACUCCAAAACCGAGCAUCUUGGACUCAUCUGGUUCCCCAACUCAGUGGAGCACAUUUUGAAGGCUUUGGUCAAAAGCUGCAGACCGUAUUUCCCUGCGCCUACCACCAAGGAGAUGCUGGAGGAGUGGCGCCCCCUGCUGUGUGUGUUUGACGUGGCCAUGCAGAAGGCCAUCAGCAACAUGGAGCUGUUUCUGCCUACUAUCAUGCCCCCUGACGAGCACACCAAAGGCUUCCGGUUGUGGUUUGAUGAGUUGAUGGAUCUGUGGGUUUCAGUGCAAAAUCAACCCAGCUGGGAAGGGCAUUUAGUGAACCUGUUUGCUCGCCUCGCCAAUGACAACAUCGGCUACGUGAACUGGGCCCCUUACAUAGCCACUAUCUUCACCAGGAUCCUGCGGAGCUUCAACCUCCCAGUUGGAGUCAACCACAUGGUGGCGCUACGCUAUCUCACCACCUCCUAUGACAUCGGACACCUGGUGUUGUGGAUCACCGCCCUGCUGGGUGGACCAGGAAACCCUGCACAGAAGGAGUUGACCUGCCUCUUCAACAGCAUCGCUUCCUUUUAUCAUCCCUCCAAUCAUGGUUGCUGGCAGUCUCGACUCAUGCGCUUGCUCCAGCGUCUGCCGGCCAGCGUCGUGCGCCGCGUCCACCGUGAACGUCACGCUGCCCCCAGCUGGAUCACACUGGUGCCUGAAUCUCAGAGGCUGACUGAUGAAGACUUGCAGGAGUUCACACACAGCCUCACUGGGGCCGCCCUACUGGCCAUGUUUAGUAAGUCGGGCUGUACAGACGCCGCCUACGCCCUCCAGAACCUGGCUCUCCUCACACCACAGCUCGCCAUUCCACCUGUGCUUGAGAAGACGUACGCAGCAAUGGAGACCCUGACGGAGCCACACACCCUCACCGCCACUCUCAGCUGUAUGAUUGGCAUGGCGCGCAGCCUAGUUACACCCAGCCACCAUUACCCAGAGGGCCGCCUGCAUGUGCUGCCGCUGCUCAUGGGGUCCCUGCCAGGGGUGGACCCCAACGACUUCAGCAAGUGCAUGAUAACGUUCCAGUUCAUCACCACGUUCACCAUGCUGGUCCCUUUGGUCGAUUGUUCGUCUUUUCCCUCUCAACACGGUGAUCUAUCAGAGGUUGAAAAAGAUUUGUGUUUUGCUUCUGCGGAGUUUGAAGACUUUGUUCUUCAGUUUCUGGACAGGUGCUUUGCUCUGAUCGACAGUAGCACCCUGGAGCAGACCAGAGACGAGAUGGAGACGGACACUCAGACCCAGCUGGAGAGCCUGGUGGAGCUGGGCCUGUCCUCCACUGUGAGCACGGUCCUCACACAGUGCUCCACACACAUUUACACGGUGGCUUUGCAGAAGGUGUACAACUUUGCCACCUCCAACAUCUUUGAGACGUGCGUGUCAGGCAGGAUGGUGGCUGACAUGUGCAGCGCGGCCGCCAAGUGUCAUCCCGCUGAGUCUCUGCAACUGUUUGUCCAUCAUUGCUGCAGUGUCAUUUUCCACAUUACUGGAAAUGAGGAUCUCCAGAGUGAAGACGAGCUGGAUAAAGAGCUACUGUGGAACCUCCAGCUGCUCUCUGAGGUUACCCGUGUGGAUGGCGAGCAGCUGUUGAAGUACCAGGAGAAGCUGGAGCGCGUCCUGUGCACGUGCGUGCGUUUGCGGUGUAAGCGGGCGUACACCCUGGCCUGCGGCCUGCUGGAGCACACACUCCGCUCGCUGUCUCUCAUCUACCCCACCGAGUACAGGAGCACGUCUGGAGGCUUUGACACUGACCUCCCCAUACAGGACUGGGGUCGGCCCGGCGAUGUGUCAGCUUUGGGUCUGUGCUGGCACGUUCCGAGCCGAGAGGAGGAGAACUUUGUUUUCCAGCUGCUGUUCCGCCUCCUGCAUCCCGAGCUGGAGCGAAUCAAGGGCCACGUCUCUGGAGAUCAGCCAAUGAGCAGGGAGGAGCUAUGGCAGAGCCUUGCAAUCGUACAGCACUGCCUUCUUGGGGCUGGCAGCAUGUUGCCCCCUCUGGAUGGGCCUCACGUUGCGGACCUAGUGCCCUCCAUGGUGAACCUCGGGGAGGUCAAACUGUACAACGGCGUUGAGUAUGAUGAUUCACGGCAGAACUACAGAGAGUCCAUCUGCCACACCAUGAGGCUGCUGCUACAUCACAUUCUGGAGCACACUGAGGAUGACACCAAGUCACUGUUUGUCAUCAUUGAGAUCGUCAGCGACCUUAUGUUUUUCCAAGGCAUUCACAAGAAGGAGUUUGACUCGCGCUGGAAGAGCUUUACUCUUGUCAAGAAGUCCAUGGAAAACCGGCUUCACGGGAAGAAGCAGCACAUCCGCGCGCUGCUCAUUGACCGCGCCCUGCUGCAGCACGAGAUGAGGAAGCUAGUGGUCGAGGGCAGCGAAUAUAAAAAAGUCCACCAGGAGCUUCUGUGUGAUCUACUGCUGCUGUCCACCAGCACCUACAGCCAGGUCCGGAGUAGGGCCCAGAAUGUGCUGACCACCGCGCUGGUGACCUACAGCUUCUCUUGCAGAGAUCUGAUACCAAGAAUUGUGAAACUGCUCUCACCGCAGCCCACAAAUGGCACACAGCAACAGUUCAAGGGGGCCCUCUACUGCCUUCUGGCGGCACACAGUGUUUGUCUAGCAAGCGUAAGGGACUGGGACUGCGUUGGCAUGGUGUGGCCCGCCCUUGUCCGCUGUGGACUCUCGCCUGCCAUGACCCUGGAGGAGCACUCGGUUGGGCAGCUCCUGGACGACAUCAUCGACAGGGUCCAUCGGCAGCACGACACCAUCGGCAUCUUUUUCACCGUAUCUGAGAGCUGCAUAGAGGUAGCCACACAAAUCGCACGGUUGCACAAUCCUGCGCUUUCUUUGGAGCUGCCCACUGUAGAAGAGCUGAAGGAGGGGCUUCAACGCCAGCGAAUCAGAAAUAUUGUCAAUGCACGAAAGUAUGAGAAGCUGGUGAAUGACCUCUUGGACUGCCUUGAAGACAAAGAGCUGCCAUGGAAGUUUGAGCACAUGGCUACAGAUUUGCUGUCUCUCCUGCUGAGGGAUGAUCACCCACUGCCGCCGGAUGCUGUCCUCUACUUCACACAAGGCCUCAUACAUGACUCCAUCAGCAUACGCAAGGUGGCAAUAUCUGCAAUGGCUGGGAUCCUGAAACAGCUCAAAAGGCCCAGAAAGAAAGUAGCAGUGAAGCCAUCAGAUAUUAGCGGCGUGGCUGAUCCAGAGGGCAUGUGGGCCGGGGACCGCCAGGCCAAUCGCUGGCUGCAGUACAAUAGCAACAACCUGCCCCUCAGUGAAGAGCAGUGGGACUCUCAGCUGCACGUGGAGAAAACACACGUGGGCUACUACUCGUGGCCAAGAGAAAUGAUGAUCUAUGCAUCUUCGCAAAAGCUAAAAGAUGACCUGCCAUAUGAGGAGAUGAACGAAGCAGAAAAGAUCAUCUCGGAAUAUUUCUCAGACCCAGAGUUCAUUGAGCAGCUUAUACAGUUUCUCUCUUUGGAGGACCGCAAAGGAAAAGACAGUUUCAACCCACGACGCUUUUUUCUCUUCAAGGGGCUGUUUCGUAACUUUGGCAACGUCUUCCUGCCGCUACUGUGGCCUCACUUGGAGCAGCUCGCCACCGACCCUCACGAGAGCUCGCAGCGCUGUCUGUGCGAGAUCACGGCCGGGCUCAUCAGAGGCAGCAAACUGUGGAGUUUCAGCAAGGUCAAUAGGUUAUGGCAUCUUUUGUGCCCGCUGAUCAGGACGGCCUUGACCAAUAUCACCGUGGAAACCUACACUGACUGGGGCACCUGCAUCGCCACUGCAUGCGAGGGUCGUGACCCCAGGAAGCUACACUGGCUCCUUGAGCUGCUCAUGGAAAGCCCGCUCAUUGGCGAGGGAAGCUCGUUCCGAGAUGCCAGCCUGCUGUAUGUUAUUCAAGGGGGGCUGGCCCAGCAUCAGUGGCGGGUGUCGGAACUGCUGCACAGGUUGCUGGCUUACCUGGAACCUAAACUCACGCAGGUGUACAAGAAUGUGCGAGAGCGCAUCGGCAGUGUGCUGACCUAUAUCUUCAUGAUCGACGUGGCCCUGCCCCACACGCAGCCCACCUCAUCCCCCCACGUGGCAGAGUUUGUCACUCGGGUCCUGGAGCGGCUCAAGCCUCUCACAUCCGAGGCGGAGAUCCACAACCACGUGCAUGAGGAGAACGCCCCGGAGACGGAGGACGAGUGUACCCAGGCUGUCAAGCUGCUCACAACCGUCUUAAAAUGGUUGAUGGCGAGCGCCGGGCGAACUUUUACCACUCCGGUUCAGCAGCAGCUUCAACUCCUGCCUCUGCUAUUCAAAAUUGCCCCGGUGGAGAUUGAUGAGAGUUAUGAUGAGAUGAAGCAGGAUGCUCGCACGUGCCUCUCUCUGAUGUCCCAGGGCCUGCUCUAUCCUCAGCACAUCCCUCUUGUUUUGGCAGCUCUGGAAGAGAUGGCAGGCAGUAGGUCAUGGCAUGCACGCUACUCCGUGCUGACCUACCUGCAGAUUAUGGUCUUCUACAACUUAUUUACGCUGCUCAGCGUGCCUGUGGAGGUGCAGCGCAUUCAUCAGUUGGUGAUGCGUCUGCUGCUGGACGAGCAGCUCGAGGUGAGGGACAUGGCAGGCACCACCCUGAGUGGUUUGCUGCAGUGCCAGUUCUUCCCUCUGGACUGCAGUCUGCAGACACAACUCCAGACGCUGAGUCAGACACGCCUCCCCAAGGCCAGAGGCGAGCUGGCUUCUACAGAUUUGGUGCGGCGUCAUGCUGGAGUGCUGGGCCUGAGUGCGUGCAUCUUAUCCAGCCCUUACGACGUCCCGAUCUGGAUGCCACAGAUACUCAUGGACCUGAGCGACCACCUCAACGACCCACAGCCCAUCGAGAUGACGGUGAAGAAGACCUUGUCGGAGUUCAGGCGCACUCACCAUGACAACUGGCAGGAGCACCGCCAGCGCUUCACCGACGACCAGCUGCUAGUGCUCACAGACUUGCUGGUGUCGCCGUGCUACUACGCCUGAAGGGCCCAACUUACAUUGGAACGCAGGGAACGGGCGGGUUUGUUUGCGCAAUCUGCUGCAGUGAGAUUUUGGUAACGUGACAGCGACCGGGAGCGUGGCUGUGAGAAGAUGAUGAUUCAGCAUUGGCCUUCUAGCCACGAGAAGAACAGCUUCCUGGGCAAACUGGUUUCACAUGUGACGUACUUGGUUUAGAUUGUCUUCAUCAAUAGAAAAAAACAAGUGUAGUUAAUGUAGUUGUAUCAUAUUUCUGACUGUGGUUGUAAAUACAGUGUGUAUACAUAGAAUAUACAGGAUGGUGCAAUAGUAUGAAUAAACAUGCAUAGUUACUUUUGUUUUUAUAAAAAUGCAUCAUUAUCUCUAACAAUGUGAUUUACAUAGUUUGUGCUUUGGAUCUUUUAAUUACGUAAUAUGGAUUAUCUCAUAUAUUAUCCAAUGUGUGACUGUAUUGAUGUGCAAUCUAUGUUUAUCACAUAUUGGCUAUUUAUUAUGAUUAUAAAUGUUUUAUAGUAAAAAUGGCAUACAUGCUUUAGUGCAGGGGUCACCAACGUUUUUUCUUGUGAGAGCUACUUUUAGAAAAUGAAAAUGGCCACGAGCUACUCGUUUUUGUAGAAAUGAUUUUCAUACCUUAUUUCAACCCAAACAGAUCAAAUAUGCUUGUUUUACUAAAACAUUCAUAAAAUGUUGGUGUCCACAACUCACAUUUUAUAUUUCAGAAUACAUUUUUUUCUAGUGUUCUCACAUUAUUAACUGAAAACAUUAAUGAAAAGCAGGCUUGCGGGCACCUCAUGUGGUCGUGGGGGGCUACCUGGUGCCCGCGGGCACCACGUUGGUGACCCCUGCUUUAGUGCUACAGUGCUUUUUAUCUUGUCAUGUCAUCCUUGACCCUAAAAUGUAAUAGCUCUUUUUUUGAGACCAUCUGCAUAUUAUGAACAUAAAAUUAAUAGAGAUGCAGUAUUGAUCAUUUUCAAAGCUAAAAUUGAUGUUUUCGUGCGAUAGCGUAGCAUAUAUUGACAUACAUUGGAUUGCUUUUGGGAUUUUUAAUGCACAAAAUGAACUUUUUCCAUAUGCUGCCCUCUGUAGAAAAAUGUUGGUCACACACAGAAAACGUUAAUAUUCUUUGCAUUUAAUUUUUAUUAAACAUGCUGAAACCAAUCCAAUGUGGGUGUGAAUGGUUGUUUGUCUAUAUGUGCCCUGCCAUUGGCUGGCCACCAGUCCAGGGUGCACCCCACCUGUCGCCCAAAGUCAGCUGGGAUAGGCUCCAGCCUACCCCCGCGACCCUAAUGAGGAGAAGCGGUAUAGAAAAUGGAUGGAUGGAUAAGGUGAGAAUGUGGAGAUCAUGUGUAAUGUAAAGUUAAAGUAUAUAAUAUAUAGUAAAUAUACACUGAAAUAUAUACUGCAUAUAUGUAAAGUUAUCUAGUUCCUCUCAAGACACGGUUGUUUUGAUUAUGACAUUCACCCUACGUUGUAAUGCAACAAUUACAAAACAAGCUCAGACUAUAAGAUGUAACGCACAUUUUCCACAAUGACUACAUAUGGCAAUGUUCUAGACACUGUAAUAAACACACAAAAAA